GACUAAGCCGAGGACUAAACCCAGACUAAACCGCUGAGUUACUCCUCUAACGCUGAUACACUUUUACAUCAAAGCAAUCGAUUCGAUUUUUAAAAUCUAAACACUUGCAUUAAAGAGAACAUGGAGAGAAUGAACAGUUGUUUGUUCUUUAUUUGGAUUUACUCUGCGAGCGUUUCUUGCACUUUUGAAACCACAGUCGAACCUACAGUAGAAGAUCUAAAUUUCAGUAACAUCACAGGAAACUGGAUGCAGGACUUCAGUGACAUCGAGUCCAAAUUUGCUCUGAGAACCAGUGAGGAGCCGGAGGAUGACCUGUGCUACAUCGUUCCAGGCCAGGGGGAAACCAUUAAGGAGUGCAAUUUCAAUACUGAGACCCAGACCUUCAUAGUCAUUCACGGAUGGACUGUCACUGGAAUGUACGAGAGUUGGGUUCCCAAGUUGGUGACGGCGCUGUACGAGCGUGAGCCAACAGCCAACGUCAUCGUCGUGGACUGGCUGGUCCGGGCGCAGCAGCACUACCCAACCUCGGCCGCCUACACCAAGCUCGUAGGCCGGGACGUUGCCAAGUUCGUCAACUGGUUACAGGCUGAGCUGAAAUAUCCAUGGGAGAAGCUGCAUCUGCUGGGUUAUAGUUUGGGUGCUCAUGUAGCUGGCAUUGCAGGACUCCUCACCAACAACAAAGUCAGCAGGAUUACAGGUUUGGAUCCAGCUGGUCCGAGCUUCGAGUAUGCGGAUGCCCAAAGCACACUGUCCCCUGAUGAUGCCCAGUUUGUAGACGUUCUUCACACCAACACACGGGGCUCUCCGGACCGCAGCAUCGGCAUCCAGAGGCCCGUCGGUCACGUGGACAUCUACCCUAACGGAGGGACGUUUCAGCCUGGCUGUAAUCUGCAGAACACCAUGAUGAUGGUGGCGACCACCGGCCUGAGAAACAUGGACCAGAUUGUAAAAUGUUCCCAUGAGCGCUCCAUCCACCUCUUCAUCGACUCUCUGGUGAACAUGGAGCAGCAGAGCAUGGCUUACCGCUGCAGCUCUAAGGAGAUCUUCAACAAGGGAGUGUGCCUGAGCUGCCGCAAAAACCGCUGCAACAGGGUGGGAUACGAGGUGAACAAGGUGCGCAGUCCCAGGAGCACCAAGAUGUACAUGAAGACCCGAGACAUGAUGCCCUACAAAGUUUACCACUACCAAGUGAAGGUCCACUUCUUCAGCAACAACAAAAUCAGCUACACAGAGCAGCCCAUAAAGAUUUCCCUCUACGGAUACACUGGAGAGAAAGAGAACAUCCCCUACGUUCUGCCAGCGCUGAAAACCAACACCACCGUCUCGUUCCUGCUCACCACAGACGUGGACAUCGGCGAGCUGCUGAUGGUGAAGCUGCUUUGGGAGAAGGACACCAUCCUCAGCUGGCCCUGGUGGAACCCUGACACCUUCUACAUCCGCAAACUGCGCGUCAAAUCCGGCGAGACGCAGUCCAGGGUGAUCUUUAUCGCGCAGGAGGGCGAGUUCUCCCAUCUCGCCCGUGGAGGCUCAGCUGCUGUGUUUGUGAAAGACAAAGAGACUCAGUCAAGCCACAAAAAUGAAAAGUUGCACAAACUGAGGAUGCACGGCAGCUCCUUCAAACAGAGCACAGCAGAAGCAUAGACACGACCUCACGCAUCCCCCCGCAUCGAAGCCGACCUGCUGGAACCAGACUGGUAGAGACGGAGCACUUUCUUCACGUCGUGAUCCAGACGGGCCACCGAAUCGUCUCAUUUUCAUCCGUAAGCACUUCCUGCAAGGAACUGUUCUAGUCCAAACAUUUAACUGCCGAGCAGUUCGACUCACCAUGCCACUUCAGAUACCGCUCAGUAUUGUUUCUUAAUUCACCGCCUGAUCCGAGGUCACUGAUCUGAGUUCACUGGAACACGAUGUGAAUCAUGAAUUGAAAAUGCAAAACACUUUCUUUUACUCAGACCAACGAGAACAAAUGAAGGACUUGAUCCUGAAGAGUGCUGAUAACUGAUUAGAUGAAGCUAUUGUUUUUGUUACAGGCCACAUGCAGUAUUAUUAUUGUUGCUCUCUGAUAGUUUGGAAUGUGCUGCAAGAUUAUUAACGAUCAGGUCAGAAUAUUUGCUCCCAUUUGACAGAGGUUAAUAAAAUGUCGGUUUAGAAAGAAAAUGAAAAAGUCGGGUUUCUUUGACACCCCAGCCACAGUAAAAAGACAAAACGAAUUACAUAGACCACCAUAAUUCAUCCAACCAGAGGUCAUUUUAGUUCAUUAACAGUUACGUUACUGGUCAGUUAGUGAAGCUCUUGGACUGGCGUUUAGUUUUUCCAGCCCAGGCAUAAAAAGGCCAUAUUUUAUCUACACAGCUAGUCAAUGAAGGGACCUCUGUACCUUUGUCCAUAAGUUUAGCAUCAGUUUUUUUAAUUAUUUCACUGUUGUUGUGCCAGAUCAAGACUAAAUCCAGUUUGACUGAUGGGUCUGAGGUUUGUCCUAUUGGCUGAGCAGUCUUUGAACCUGCACUGUGCUGUCACAGGGACGUGCGCUUUUCUAUAGGCCGCUUCACCUUCGUCUUUUAUAGCUACCAGUUUCACAGUUCUUAAAGUAAUUUUUUAACUUUUUUUUCAGGGACAUUCAGCAAGUAAUGUCAUAAAGUUUACAACCUUUAGGCAGGUACAAGUUCUUCAUUAAAAUUCUGUCCUCGGUGAGAAAAGGAAACAUUUUUCUUUGUCGUCUGCUGCCGUUGAGCGGAAACACAAACGGUUGUCAUGCUAAUGUGGCAAUAUUUUAAAAUGACCAUGUUGUACCCAGUAAUUCUGACAAUUGAUUAACGUUUGCCAAAGUUAUGGGUAAAGGAAUCCUUUUAAAAGGGUCCCUUUUUAAUCACAGUGUUUAUAUGAUUUUUUUUAAAGCUUGAUUAACUUUUGCUAAAAUCAUCGACUGUAUCGUUACUGUUUGAUCGUGAUAUCGUCACAUGUCUAGUAAGGAAAUAUUUCUUCGAACGAAAGAUCGUCUUUAAUUGUUAUGCAAUAUACAUCUGGCCGUGUAUAAGUAAACUCUUACACUGUUAUAAUGUGUGUACUGGAUUUCUGUUGGCUUUGGUCAAAGCAAAGAGGCUUUAACAAACAACGAGCCUUUUUGUUUGGGCAAAGGGCGAAACAGGCCUUUGAUCUGGCUGCUUUAGGGUGCCAGGGUUUGUUAGACUUGCCAAAAAGUUAUAUAAUGAAUGAUUCUGCUGAUUCAGUCGUUGAUGGAACAGAACAUGUCUUAUAUACCUUAUAUAUUUAAUUUAAUUAUUAAUAUUAAACAUUUUAGCAGCAGAUUCACAUUAGUCUGCUAGUAAGGUAAAUAAAACUGUGGACCACAUUAUGGACCAUUGUGUACCACUAUGAAUCACAUAAAAAUGCCUGAUAAUGCAAUGUUAAGGUCCACUACAGGCCAAAAGUAUUUGGACACUUGUUUGUUGGAGCUUGUUGGACAUGUAAUUCCAAAACAAACUGACUGACCUCUAUGAUCUUAUCAGCUAUAUGAACAGCCACUCUUCUGAGAAGUCUUCAAGACUUGAAAUAUUUCUGUGGGAAUUUGUGCCCAUUCAGUCAAACAAGCAUUUGUAUGGCUGGGCACUGAUGUUGGUUGAGAAAGCCUCAGUUGAUGUUCCAGUUCAUUCCAAAGCUGUUCAGUGAUGAGGUCAGGACUGUUUUUGUCUUUAUCGACCUUGUUUUGUGUGGGACAGGAAUGGACCUCCCGUAAACUGUCGCUGCAAAGUUGGAUGCAUCUAAUUUUAUUUAUAUGAUUGAAAAAUUAGGAGGGGUGUCCCAAUACGUUUGUCCAUAGUGUAGUUUGUAGUACACAUCUAUCAAAGACAGUUCCACUUCAGUGUGCUAGCACAUAGUCUGAUAUUUAAAUAGUCACAAUAUGUGGACACCAAUAUAUAUAUGUGCUAUGAUAUAACGGGACCAACUAGCUAAAUCUAGAUCCAGAAAUGUAAGAAUUGUAAAUAUGCUUAAUAGUUAAAAGUCCUGAAAUGUCUACCUUAACAUUAUUGUGUUAGGUUACUGUGUUUGGCACAGGUCACUUUAUAGACUUGAAUCCCUUCUAUUAUCUUGUCAAUUCUAAGCCACAAUCAAAGACGAAUUGUUUGAUUUAAGAAUUUAAUCAGCUUAUUCUGUGAUUUGUUUGUGUUAUAUUUAGAUUUCUGUAAAUAAAACAAUUUUUUCUCUUUUUUUUCUGAUUGCGGCUUUAUCGGCUAUAAAAAAUCCUAAAUAAACACCGUAAUUUACGUUUAAGCUGCAGUUCCACAAACCCGGAGGAACGUUUAAGAACCUGACAGUCACAUUACCUCUGAAACCUGUGUGGUAUUUUUUUCUGACUGAGCAAAGAUCAGAAAUCCAAAAGUUCAUUCACCUUUUAUAUAAGGACAGACUGGCCGCUCUUUAUUUGUCCUAUACACAACAGGAUUAUUUAUUAACUGUAUAUAUUUGUACAUUAGUGUUUGAUACCGUGUCUGUGUGUUCUUCUUUCUUUCUCGUUACAUGUAUUUUUAUAAACAGAUUAAUAUGAUUUAUGUGAACUGCUUGAAGAGCCAAUCGAUCAUCUGAAUUAUGUUCGUUCAUCAUAUUAAUAUGCACUGGACUGUGUAAAUCUAUUAUAUUAAACAGUAUGUUGCAUAA